AGGUGACAAAAGCAGAGGCACUAUGCAGUCAACAGCUAGAAUCGUCCUGUCCAUCUGUGUGCUGGUCUCAGCAGUAACAACUGCAUCCUCUAGCAGUGCAAAACUACGAAGGGACGGGGUUCUAAACCUGUAUCCUUUCCCAAGGGUUGGGAGGGCCCACCACACAUGGCAGGUGCCAGUUAACGACCAAUAUUUAGAUUCCGAGCUGGCUUCCAAACGUCAACUGUAUGCGUUCCCGCGCGUUGGCCGUGGUGAUUCCGGUUACUUCGACCAGUCAAACUUGAACCGCAUCAACUUACGCUUAGAAGAGCUACUCUUGGGUCAGCAGCUGCUGGACCAUCCGCGGAGUAACGAUUACGUGAAGAGGGAGAGCGAGAGUACCAGUAGCGGGAUGUGGUUCGGGCCCCGUGUCGGCAGAUCGUUCAAUAAUGAUGAUAUUAUUAACCGCGAAGAGGACAAGGAUAGCGAUUCCGAAGAAUCAGCCGAGCGCAUUGAAAGAAAGAAGAGACAAACGAAACGAGCCUAAGUCCAUUACCCUGACAUUUUCGCUGCAAUACUUAUACUCCGCGAAAUAAAAAUUGACUUUAAAUUAAGCUUUGAUAAAUGCCAU